CAAAAUCCCCAACCGCCUCUCAACAAAGUCUCCCCACGGAGGUACACAGCUACGCGCAAACCGCGUCUCGCGCGAAGAAUCCGCAUUUCCCCUUCCCCGCACCGCACCGCACCCAACCCCCGUCGGAGAGAGAGAUGGCAUCGGUGGCGGAGAUGCAGCCCCUCGCGCCGGCGGGGUACCGCCGCGCGCCGGAGAUGAAGGAGAAGGUGGAGGCGUCGGUGGUGGACCUGGAGGCCGGGACCGGGGAGACGCUGUACCCGGGGAUCUCGCGCGGGGAGAGCGCCCUCCGAUGGGGCUUCGUCCGCAAGGUCUACGGCAUCCUCGCUGCGCAGCUGCUCCUCACCACCGCCGUCUCCGCCCUCACCGUUCUCCACCCCACCCUCAACGCCACGCUCUCCGACUCCCCGGGCCUCGCGCUCGUGCUCGCCGUCCUGCCCUUCAUCCUGAUGAUCCCAUUGUAUCAUUAUCAGCACAAGCACCCACACAAUUUCGUUUUCCUGGGUCUGUUCACGUUGUGCUUGAGCUUCAGCAUCGGUGUGGCUUGUGCUAACACCCAAGGGAAAAUCGUUCUGGAGGCUUUAGUGCUGACGGCUGGCGUGGUGGUUUCUCUGACUGCGUAUGCUUUCUGGGCGUCAAAGAAGGGCAAGGAAUUCGGGUACCUGGGGCCUAUCCUGUCUUCCGCGCUUACUAUCCUCGUCCUAACUAGCUUUCUUCAGGUUUUCUUCCCACUGGGACCCGUGUCGGUGGGCUUGUUCGGUGGGCUAGGGGCUCUGGUCUUCUCAGGCUUCAUCCUGUACGACACCGAGAACCUGAUCAAGCGCCACACCUACGACGAGUACAUCUGGGCGUCGGUUGGGCUGUACCUCGACAUCCUGAACCUGUUCCUCUCCAUCCUGAACAUGCUCAGGAGCAUGCAAUCCGACAACUAGCCUCUUGAUCGAACACGGUAUACCCCCAUGGUAAAUGCGGUCCUGUGCUCUGGUUGUUAGAGGACGGGAUCGACGUGCGACAUAUGUAUUGUGUGAGCCCACUCGUGUCAACACUGCAAACAAUUGUGGUCAUGUCACCUUGUAUGUUCUUGGUCACUUUUCAAACAAUUGUAAGUACCUCAUAUCGUUUUGCGCUCGUGCUAUUCGCGCUAAAAAUCACAAUGAUCCAGUAACAGGUUGUCAUCA